UAAGCGAACCAGGAAAAGUCGCUGGGCACGUGGGCGUGGUCGUGGUAGUGUGGUGAAACAGUGCACACGUGCGUGCAUACGUGCGUGCAGCUGUGUCGCAACGGUACCGGAUGCUGAAUGUACGGGACGCGAGUUCAACGGCAGAGGUUGGCACGGACUGAUUUCGCCAUCAGACUGCCGCCAGCCGGCCAGGUCUGUCUCGCGUGCCAACACACAUCAAUGGUUCAGUUUGGAUGUCGACCAUGGAACCUCAGUCUGAAGAGCGUGAUCGUUCUGGCCAUCUCGAAUAUGCUGCUGACUUUCCUGUUGCUGCAGUCAGAAACCUGUGUACCGAACGAUGUGCCCAGAGAUAUGGAAUCAAACGUCAUAACCGAAUGGAAUCUUGGCACCCUAAUCAAAGAGCAACAGUCAGAAUGCGUAACACAGGAUUACCAGCCGGCGUUACCAGCUGACGCGAACAGCUUGAAGAUGAACGUAAAGCUGGGACGAUGGGAUGCACGUAGAAUGUUUCGAACGUUCGACCACGUUUUGGUGGGUUCGAGUUUCGUCGAAUUAUCGCAAGCUUAUCGCGUUUGUCUGGCUACUCAAAGUUCAGUGGAGAAGUUGCACUCGUUGGUACAGGCCGCCCAUCAAUGGACGGGUCCGAUGUCGGUGGCCUUGUACGCAGCCGGUGACGAAGAGUUCGAAGUUCUUCAAAAGUACCUGGUUUAUCUUAGAAGAUGUUACGAACCUAUCCGAGAAAGGGUGAGCUUUUCCUUGGCCGUGCCAAAGAGUAGACCGCCGAAGAAACAACCUUUCGAACACGAACUGCCCGAUAACGUGGAUUGUGCCAAACCGGAAGGAACAUUGAACGAAUUGAUGAACGGGAUCUCGAACGAGCAGACCAACUGGAGGAUACACAACGUCUAUCCUCAGAAUCACAUGAGGAAUCUAGCCAGGAAGAACUGUCAGUCCGAGUACGUGUUCCUGACAGACGUCGAUAUUGUGCCGAGCUACAAUUUGACCGGGGCUCUCGACGAGUUCCUGAGAACUGAUAGCUGUGAUAAGUGCGCCUACGUGAUACCGACGUACGAGCUGGACUCGCGCGUCAGAUUUCCUCAGAAUAAGUCGGAGCUGGUCAGGUUGGCGAGAAAAGGGCUGGCCAGACCAUUCCAUCAGAAGGUCUUCAUUCACAAUCAGUUCGCCACCAAUUUCACCAGGUGGAUACUGGACACCGUUCCGAAUCAUAAAAAUGAUGAAAACGUAAGGAGCGGCAAGGUGUACAUCAGCCACGACGUGACCAACUUCGAAUUCCUCUACGAACCUUUCUACGUGGCGAAGGACAUUGUUCCACCCCAUGACGAGAGGUUCAUGGGAUACGGAUACACGAGAAAUACUCAGGUGUACGAGAUGUACGUGGCCGGUUACCAAUUCAAGGUACUUUCCCCGGUUUUCACUGGUCAUUGGGGUCUGCAGACUAGAAAAACCAGGCCAGCCUGGCGGGAACGACAGAACAGUGCCAACCGGAAGCACUUCGAGACGUUUAAGAAGGAAGUCUUUGCUCGGUACAUGCGAGAUCCUUUGAAGAUGAUGAAGAAUGCCAAGUGACGAAAAGUUCGUCGGAGAUUUCGCUGAUCGAUCGCGAGAUCCUCACCACCGUCCUUUUCAUUCGUCAGACAAAUUCAGAUAACAGUCGUCUCCUUUUUUCUUCUAUCAAUCGUUCUCUAACAUUGUUCGGAUAACCAAAUGGUUUUCUAUAUAUUUUCUAUUCCUCGUCGUAUAACGAAGCUCACAACACUCUAAUAAUAAUUAACUUUUGAGGCGAAAGAAUAUAUAGAGCUGGUCUGGUGCUUCCACCAAUCAUCCGAUGGUGCACGAUUAUUUCAGCCAUCAGAAAUUCAUCCAUCCAUUGUUCGACGAGUUUGGUGGUCUCUUCAGCCUUUCUGGGGGGGACAUGAAAAAUGAAGGGCUUCGCCCGCUUAAGGUUGAUCGUCCCGGAAAUGAUGGUUUUGUUUAACUUACAGCUAAUGGCCGUUAUUCAGCCCAAGCUUUAUCGGCUUGUCCGAGUCCUUUCCGCUUUCCCGGGGAAUUUUGAGUGUAUACUCGAUAGCAAAUUACUCGAUGGAAUGGACAGAAUAUAACAGAUUGUCAUUGUUAUCGACCAGAUAAUCUCCUGUACGAUCACCUUAUUCCGUGCUUCGACACUUGUGAAAUUUCUAUGUCCUCAUUCUACUCCACUUUAUUAACAGAGUUCCAUUAUUAAAAGAAAAACCAUCAAUUUUAUUUUCGAGAAAUUCUGAUCUAUUAUUUUUAUAAUAUUUAGUUUUGUAUAUUAGAUAGAUUUUCAAAUACUCGAUGAAGGUACUGAAAUUGUAGUUUCUUCCUCGUUCCUGACCGAUAAUAAUCUUUCAUUGGUUAACUCUGCAAUAUCCGUCCCGGUCAAUCGGUGACAUAUCAUAUCUCUAAGGCUUAACAGAAAUCGACGUCUCAAAUGAGAAACUCUGAGACAGAGUAUAUCCGAAACGAUAAGUCCAACGUCAGAUUGCCGGAGCUCGCAAUCUCACACACGUAUCGUUCUAGACAAGAAAAACAUUCAGUUUCACGAUGGUUGAAAUGGCACCGUAAUUUAGGGUCCAAGGUUUUAUUAUUUUUCUCAAGUAUUAAAUUUAGAAACUUCCAAAUUUUUCCUAAUGAUUUUAUAAAAUUUAUCUGAUCUCAUAUUGAAAGUACCAAUCGACGUACAACAACAAACAAUAAAACCAUACCCAAUAAAUUUCCUAACGAAUGAAGGGAAGCAGGACGAACUAUGCAAAGGUCCAUAGAAUAUUUAAUUCGGUAAAACCCUCGAUCGGUCAAAAGACACGAUCCUAGUCCACUUCCGGUUCGCUCGUUCCACUACAAUCACAGUCCACUCUAACUGUCCCUAUAAUGCGUUUCUCGUCCGUUUCCACAGCUUUUGUCCCAUUAUCCCAGAAAUCGUUCGAUAUGAAAUCGAAGUAAAAUUCAGAUGUCGGUGAAAAAUGACAGCAAUCGAGGAUGGUGAAAGCGAAGGUGGAGGGAAAUAAGAAGAGACGGGAAGUUUUCCUGCAGAUUCCGGCAAUCAAGUGACCGCGAUCAGCGUGGAUGGUGGUGUACUCGAAGGUACUUCCGGUUCAUCGAUUCGCUCGUACGAAACUAACCCGCUUGCUGCUUCCACUCACGAAUCCCCAAAGUCAUCAGAGACUGGCAUGCGGGAUCGCGGAAUAAAUGUCUGCCUGUGAGUUUCGUAGCACGUGCAGCGGGCAGGGAAAACGAGGCUGGGGAACUUAAGCGAACGCAGCUCGUUAACUGUCCGUGAUUUAAGAGGGAACGACGUUUAAGUUUCAGAUCGAUCCGGCCUCGUGUUUUUCCCUUUCUUUCUUUUAUCGAGUGUGUCCUCGAAGAGCACGGUAAGAGGAUAUCUCGUUGGGAAAUGGUAUUGACGAAGAAAGAGAAACGAGGUUGCCUUGUAACGAAUGCAAUUAACCUGACGAGAAUCAAUUUUUUUAUUGAUUGGUUGUUUUAACAGGUUGACAGCCAUGGUCAUUAAUGAUCGACGUUUCGAAGAUAUUGAUUGGUAAUUAAAUUCGUGUACUUUGAAUGGGGUUAAUAGUGUUUCGUUGAAUUUCGACACUUUGAUGGCCGCGAGCUUCAUCGAACCUACGGCCUUGUACUAAUUAUUUUUAAAUUAUAGUUUCCUAAUCAGAGUCAUUAAUUAGCGGUACCAGCCAUCGAAGUGUUAAUAAAAGUAAUUCUGCAGGAAUCGUGAGUUUCGAAGAUUUUUAAUACUUAAACAAUUGGCACUAAGUAACAUUAAUACUUCAUUAUUAGAAGAUAGAUGUUGAUUUUAAUUAUUGCAAACUAAUUCAUUCGAUGGAAGCUGCACUAUGAAUCAUUAGUAAUUUAUGUGAAUAGCAUUGAAUGUAUUACGUAGCUUUGAUUAUCCUAUUAAAAUUUUAUAACAAUUUAUAAAUACUCUGCGUGUUAUUUUUGAGACCAUCGAAACUUUUAAUAUUUAACUCGUAAAAAAAAGGAAACUGAAAAUUUUUAGAAUGCUUUGAGGGACGGUAUUUUAUUUUCCAUCCAUUGGAUUCGAUUUUCGGUUUUCCUGCUCCCUAUUCGUGGCGAUUAAAAAUAAAAUCACAUCGAAAUCGGAUAACCGAGUCAGGCUAAUGGAAGUCGCGGGUUCUCCUCUUUCAUUUUUUAACUAUUCCUACGUAGCUACGGCUGUUAGCGCCUAAGGGUCGCCGGUUGUGCAUCCCUGAUCAAAAAGAAUAUCCCCAAAUUAAAGUGAAACACAAACAAGGUUGACGUCCUCGUUCAAAAGUUCUCUACAACACGAACAGCGAGAAAGCAUAACGAAAAUCUUUUUACCCCUGUUUCCUCUAGCGAUACUGCCACCGUAUUUAUUAUACGACACACGUGGAUGUUAUCGAAUUAUCCUUUAUUCGGACGUUCCUCGAACAAACGAGACAAACAGAUUUUUGCAUAUAGCGUCAUGUUUUUAAUCAAUGGUACCUGGAUCGUUUGAUCAGGCACCAUUCACUAUUCGGGAGUUAAGAUUCACUCUCGCUGUCUCGGUCGUACAGCAAUGACGAUUGCUUAAAGAUUCGCCACUGGUAACAAUUAUAGUCGAGACAUUUUACAGCACAGAGUUAUUGUAUAUUAUAAUGUUUUAACGGAUUAUGUGUAAAUAACCAAAACGAUUGUAACACGAGACGACCACUGUUGAAUGAGACACGAAUAAAUUAAUGGAAAGUA